UUUAGCGCCGACGGCCAUGGAUCGCAAAGAUCAGUAUUGUGGCCCUACAUACUAUGGCCUAGGGAUGUGUGAGGUAGAUAUGAAUGUUGAAGAUCAGCAAGGUGUAGUAGUGGAAGCCGCAAGGGCAGGAGCAGCCGGAAGUGGCCACUUUGGUGAAGAUGUAGGCUUCUUCGACAACAAGAAGCACGAGGGUGGCAUGAUCCAAGAAGGUGAUGUAGGCCUCAUCCGCCAUGGCACUAGCCUGGAGCCCCGGCAACAGGCGCAGUCUGCGGAGAGGGAAGAAUUGGCUUCAGUGGUUCCACUGCCUCGGCGCAGGCGUCCUCGAAUCCAGUACAAGUUCUCACAAUGGCAGCUGCAGGAACUGGAGAGUGUUUUCCAAGUUACUCAAUAUCCUGAUGUGGUCAGCAGAAGGGAGCUGGCAAGACGUGUUUAUGUGGCUGAAACCAAAGUGCAGCGUGCAUGUGUGAGUGCAGUGAUGGAAACAGGCUGUGGACAUGAUGGCUUGGUUUAAGUAUAGGAGAGCCAAGCAUAGGAAAACUCUGAGGGAAACCUCCCUGAGAAAUGCACCUCAUCCUACCCAGGACGAUGAUGAUGCCAUGAUGGAGGGGCCCUAGACCGCCAUCUUUCUUCCGGAACCAGAUUGUUGAUGUGUUUAUCUGUUGUCACUGACAUAUGGGCUACUGUUGAUGCCCACAAUGCACUUAUUUCCUCAGCACUUAUAUUAGAAUA